CUCAAAUCAUUAUCCCCAUUAAAAUAAAAUAGAAAAGCUCAAAACCAGACAAUAUAUGUCAAAUUCAUCAAUAAUGGAGCUGAGUCAUAUUUCCUACGUUCAUUGAGUUAAAUUAAAGGAAUUCGACCCAAUUUCCCAAAUUAAUUUUCCCUCUAAAAGCAAUCCAAUAAGUUCACUGCGUAAUCAAAUCAACAAACCACAACAAAAUCCGACUCUCUUCAAACUCGUCUAACUUGACUCAAUUUACGGGUCCGAUCUUUCUUGUUUCGACGACGAUUCUUGAUUCAAUUUAGUUGUUCCUCGCUCGGAAAAUAGACCCAUUAUUUAUUUUUAUUUUGAUUUUUACCCAGGUUGAUGAAUUAUAUUCAUCCAUUCCCUUUAAAUCGGAUUUAUCCAACAUAUUUUGAUUCGAAUUUCUGGUCACAUCAUUUAUGGGGUUUGCUGAGUUCUUGUUCUUCAAAUGAAAAUUAGGGAGUAUGAUUUUUGGUGUGUUGUCAGGUACUUUGGUAUUUGUCCAUAUUUUUCUCUUACAAUUUCGAUAUAAAUUCUUUGUAAAAUUGGCAUAGGUAAUUAGUAUUAGGUACUAGGUAGCGUUAUGUUAAUGGAGAGAGCUGAAAUUUCAGAUUUUUUUUAUUAUUGUUUUUUUCCUGUUUGAAUUAAAUUGCACUAAUCACAUUUAAUUGAUUUUUUUUUUAAUUUAUAAUAUUGCUCUUUAGGUUAACGAUGGGUUGGACUAUAGUUAACUCACAUGAAUUUUUGUUUGAGGUCCCAAAGGGUGAAAAAAAAAAUUGUAAGUCCUAAAAGGAGAAAAAAGUGAAAGGUUAGAUCCCCAGUAUUUAGCUUAACUCGUUGAAAGUUGAUUGCAAUAUAACUCAUUUGAGUCAAAAUAUGACCUACAACCUGAUCCGAAAUAAAAGUAACAGAAAAUAAUCCGAAUCGUAUGAAUCCGAUCCAAACAUCCUUUUCUCAUAUCUAUUCACAUUUGUAUAUUUUUUUUGUUUGUCCAGCGCCGUUACCGGCUAAUCGGCCAAACACCGCCAAUUAAUUUAUUUUUUUCCGUAUAAUUAAGCGAAAGCUGGAACCGCCACAAUUGUCUUCAUUUUUUGAAAAUUUCCCUCCCAUCAAAAUUCUCUUAUCUGUGUUUCCUUCCAAAGCAAGCCCUCGUCUUUCCCCUCUCUCAAUUACCGCCAUUUUUUAGGGUUUCGUGAAACUUUCAAAUCCAAGAAGAUGACAGUCGAAAUGCCAAGAGGAUUGCCAUUUUCAGUUGAUACAUGGAGCCCCACUUCCAAAUUGAAACGACACCAUUUUCUCACUCAUGCUCAUAAAGAUCAUUGUUCUGGCAUCACCUCUCACUCUUCUUUCCCAAUUUACUCUACCAAUCUCACCAAAUCCCUAAUUCUUCGUUACUUUCCUCAGAUAGAUGAGUUGUUUUUUGUGGGAAUUGAGGUGGGACAAUCCCUAAUUGUUGAUGACCCAGAUGGGUCUUUUACUGUUACUGCUUUUGAUGCCAAUCACUGCCCUGGGGCUGUGAUGUUUUUGUUUGAAGGCAAUUUUGGCAAUAUUCUUCAUACUGGGGACUGCAGACUCACUCCUGAAUGUCUGCAGAACUUGCCAGAGAAGUAUAUCGCCAGAAAAGGGAAGGAGCACAGUUGUCAGCUUGAUUUUGUUUUUUUAGACUGUACAUUUGGUAAAAGUCUUAUGAACAUCCCUAGCAAGCAAUCUGCCCUUCAGCAGGUUAUCAAUUGCAUAUGGAAACAUCCUGAUGUCCCGACAGUAUACCUCACCUGCAACUUUCUUGGCCAGGAAGAGGUGCUUGUUAAAGUUGUUCAAACGUUUGGGUCCAAGAUAUAUGUCGAUAAAGCCAAGGACUCAGACUUUUACCAAGCUUUGGAACUUAUAGCUCCACAAAUCCUUUCUGUUGAUCCUGCUUCUCGUUUCCAUUUGUUUGAAGGUUUUCCAAACCUGUAUGAGAAGGCAAAAAAUAAAAUAUUGGAGGCCCGUAAGAAUAUGCAGCCAGAGCCUCUCAUAAUACGACCCUCAGCACAAUGGUAUGCAAUGGAAGAAACUGAGCUUACAGUUAGGGAAAGGAAAAUUCUAGAAAGAUCAAACAUUCCAGUGAAGGACCAGUUUGGUGUGUGGCAUGUUUGCUACUCAAUGCAUUCUUCCAGACAAGAAUUAGAGUGGGCUUUGAAACUUCUUUCGCCUAAAUGGGUUGUUUCAACAACUCUUGAGUGCCGAGCUAUGGAGUUGGAGUAUGUUAAGAAACACUGCUUUAUCCCUCGAGUAUCUGAUGAUCGUUUCUGGAAGGUUCUGGACAUUAGCAUGGAAACUUCUCUGAAGGCGUCAGAGGUCUUGGUAGAAAGUAGUGGAUCCUCUUCUGCUAUGUUGAUAACCAAUGCAGUUGCUGAGGAACUUGAGCUGCAACUACCAAAGGCAUUGACAAACCAGGAAAAUCUCCUAAAUUUGCUUCCUCCAAGCAAGAAGCCAUCAAUAACCUUAUUUGGACGAGCAAGACUUGGUUACCAUUCUUGCAUUUUGGCUGAAGAAAUGAAAACCGUGUCUGAAGAAGAGAGGAAGUACACCCCCAUCUUAGGUAGUGGAUUUAAGAGUUCUCCCUCACCCCUUCCUCUCCCUGAAAAAGCCCCAGAGUGUCCCCCACUAAUUAUGCCCUUCAGAGAAACAUGUAUCAGUAUCACUACUCGUGUAGAAGAUGGUAGUAAACAUGAAGAGGUGGAACAGAAGCUGCUAUGUUCUGAUGACAGGGAACAUAUAGUUGAGAAGCCUAAUGAAAACAACACAGAGGUGGUAGAUGCUGAUACUGAAUCAGAUAUGUUAAGGAGGGAUGCAACCGUUUAUAAAUCUGUUUCAUGUUCUUAUAUCAGAUCAUCAACAGGGUUGAGUGAAAAUUUCAGGAAGCUCUAUAGGUCUAUGAAUGUACCUGUUCCUAGACCUCUUCCUUCCUUGGUUGAACUUAUGAACUCUUGCAAACGUCCCAAAAGACAAUUCUAGAUUUAGCUACUAUCAUCACAAUCGCAACAAAGGAUUUAUGCUUCAUAUGAAUCAGAUGACUUUGUUAUAGUUAAGCUUCUGUUUAACUACUUGAGGUAUUUGCAAAGAACAGGAAGGGAUGAAAAUUUCAGAAAUGUUGCAGGGCACCACCUACGUAUUAACACGUCAUCUCACCAAGGUUGCUUGGUCUAGUGAAUAUAUUCCUACAUUGUGAGUUUGGAGGUCACAAGCUUAAAUCUUGCCUCAAGGUACUUGGUGUAGGGAUUUACCCUCCCCCCCCCCCUCCAAUUCUCGAGGGCCUGAUUUGCAAAUCUGGGUGAGCUGAUUCGUCAGGGUUCUUGUGUUCUUGUCCAGUAGGAUCCAUCUCAUCAAAAAAAUUAAAAAGUCAACAUAUCUCCAAUGCAUUGGUAGAAUCAGGGUAACGUACAAAUUUCUUCAGAAUUUGGAAAGGAUAGGAGGUUUACAGAUAGGAACUGUUUCCUUUCUGAAUUACAAUGUGUACCGGAUGUUGUAUCUAUUAUUCAUUUAUUUGUACUGAUAAAAGUUGGAGAGCCGA